GGAGGCUUCCUUGGAAUGAGGCGGAAAGGCCAAAGGGGAGCCGGGCGUGCUGAUGAUGACAGCUUCCUUUCCUGGUUCCGAAACGGCUUGCUGGCUACUGGCGUUGGAGUCAUAUCUUACGUGCAGAGUGACAUGGGGCGAGAAGCGGCUUAUGGUUUCUUCAUCCUUGGUGGGAUCUGCGUCUCGUACGGCAGCAUCUCCUACCUGACCAGCCUCUUCCUUCUCCGCCGGACCAUGAUGCUGUCUGUCUCUGUAGCUUUUCUGAACGGCGCGGCGGUCACCACAGUGGCGCUGUUCUGGCUGUGCGCCAUCUCCCUCUACAUUGGCCGCUUGGAGGUGGAGAUCAUCCAGGACGACACCAGCUUGGACAAGAAGAAAGAUAAUGGGAAGUCAGAGAAGUGAAGGCCAAACGGGCCCUUGGGACGUCCGGGACGGGGCCCCGCGGUCUCCGCCGUCAGGCCACCCGCAUGCCGUGCCUGGGGCCUCUCCUGCUGCUUGGGCCAAAGGGCAAGGAUAGAGGGAUGGUUUCCACGCAGACAAGAGGGAAGGGGCAACGUGGGCAGCUUUGUAUUUAUUUCCCAGUCUCCAGGCAGGCGGUUGAGGCAAAAAAAAAAAAAAAAAA